UACGCUUACCUCACAUAUAAAUUUCCGCCAUUAACAGCUCCAAGGUACUUAAAAAUGGCGACUGCAACCUGUUUCAAAUGGUCUCCUACCAUCAUCGUCUUAAUCAUACUUCUAACUUCUCUCUCUUUCCUCCAUAACCAAUUUCUUUAUCAUCUUACAGUUCACUAUGAUCGUGUUAAGAUCAAGAAAACAGCAGAACUCCCUCUUCGUUUUAACUUUGCUGGAACUUUCAAAAUCCUUCAGGUGGCUGAUAUGCAUUAUGGUCAAGGAGUAUUAACCAGAUGUCAAGAUGUUUCUCCUGAAGAAUUCAAGUUUUGUUCGGAUUUAAAUACCACAAGGUUUCUUCAGAGGUUGAUUCAAGUUGAGAAACCAGAUUUUCUCGCUUUUACUGGAGACAAUAUAUUUGGAUCAAGCACACCUGAUGCAGCUGAAUCUCUGUUUAAAGCCUUCCAUCCUGCAAUGGAAUCUGGGAUCCCAUGGGCAGCUGUUUUAGGGAACCAUGAUCAAGAGUCGACUCUGAAUCGAGAGGAACUAAUGUCUCUAAUCUCACUCAUGGACUAUUCAGUAUCGCAACUAAAUCCAUUAGUUAACAAUCUAUCUGAUCAUCGUGAAAGCAUUUUGCUGAACGGAAUUGAUGGAUUUGGAAAUUACAAUCUCUCUGUACAUGGUCCUUAUGGUUCUCAAUUGGCCAACCAUAGUAUCUUGAACCUGCUUUUUCUUGAUAGUGGAGACAGGGUGACAGUGGAAGGUAGAAAAACUUAUGGAUGGAUUAGAAAAUCUCAACUUGAUUGGCUACAAGGUUUUUCUCAAGCAAAACAGGAUGAGCAUGGACAUUGCAACUACUGUGGCCCUUUGUCAAGAGAGACACCACCCGCACUUGGUUUCUUUCACAUUCCAAUUCCAGAAAUCAGACAGCUGUACUUUCAGAAAAUUAUUGGCCAUUUACAAGAAGCUGUAGCCUGUUCAUCUGUAGACGCUGGAGUGUUACAAACACUGGUUUCAAUGAAGAACAUAAAAGGUGUCUUCAUUGGUCAUGAUCACAAAAAUGAUUUCUGCGGGAAUCUGGAUGGUAUAUGGUUCUGUUAUGGUGGUGGUUUCGGAUAUCAUGGGUAUGGUAAGAUGGGUUGGCAUCGGAGAGCACGGGUUGUGCUUGUUGAGCUUGCAAAGAGGGGGAAUACUUGGAUGGAUUUGAAGAGAAUUAGUACAUGGAAACGUCUGGAUGAUGAGUUGUUGAGCAAGAUUGAUGAUCAAGUGCUUUGGGAUCAACACUCUUGAAGGCGAGUCAAAGUCCUGGUACAGAUCUGUGGUACCAAUGCAGGAGUUACGUUGUAUCGGAGGAAACUGUUCACACUUUCUUCACACGUAAACUUAUGCGGGAAUGAGACCGUAUGUACUGCUGUUUAGGAGUCAUUUAACGAUUUGUUCGACUGUUAAUCAAUUGUGAAAUCAUACUUGGUGACCGGAAGCUGGGGGACAACGGUAGAAUUGCAGGAAAAUUGUACCUCCAGUGUGUUCUUACAUUUAUAUAAACUAUACUACUAGUUCAGUGGUGGUGCUUGGAGUUCUAUGUAUUCUUUCUCUCGGCAUUGAUGAUUAAUGAGAAUACAUUUUUAGCUUCAAAUCGCCUUUGUUGUUUGAGCUUAUCCAUCCAUUUGUUAACCAUUUAUUGUACGUAUUAUGUGUUUCAAUCAAUAAAAUGUUGAUGUGAGCAUAAUGUGCAAUGGUAUAAGUAAAGGAAUGACGAUGGGUAGAUGGGUGCCGAAACUCUUCCUUCAUUUUCAUGUUCUCGUAAAAUCUUCAUAUGAGCCGUCUAUGGUUGAUAUUAUUCUCAUAUACAUGCCUUUUCAGGUGGAUACGUGUCUAAUUUAAUCUUCACGAACUAUUAAAUUCGACUUGCCUAUCACCGUGACCACCUCUAGGCUCCAACCAAUGUAUCUAUUUGGUAACAUUGAAAAUGUUACUUUUAAGUAGUUAGCUAUCUCACAUAGGGGUCAAGUUAUCAUUCC